UUCUGUUAUCAACAAAAAAAAAAAUGAAAUCAAAAAUGCAGCUUUGCGAUGGAAUAAAACUCUUAUUUCCGACGUUAAAAAGUAUAUUUCGAAGCAAUUUGUAAUAGAAAAGUAACAUGGAUAGCGAAGACGAUAUUUACGAUGAUCUACCACAAGAAACCACCACCGAUUACAUUGUCAAAAUUGAAAACGAACUGGAGUCUGUACAACAGCAAUACAAAGAUGCUCAAAAACUAAUCGAGGAGUUGAGUGGCGAAAAAUAUCAUUUACAAAAACGCAUCGAAGAGCUUGCUAAAAAGGUCGAAGAUCUCGAACGAAAUAUAUCAUCUUUGUUUAGAACUGCUGUGGCUGAAAAUAAACGAAAGGAUAAUUUGCUUCACGAAUUACGUGUUGAAAACGAUGAUUUAGCAUUCCGUCGACGAGAACAUCGCGAUAGAUCAACGAAUCGUUACAGGAAUAGAUCACUCGAUCGUGGUAAUAAAGGUGUUCGCGAAACAUAUCAUAAAGAUGGUAGUCCUAUCGAAGAGAAAUACAGGUAUAGAUCUCAUAUAACCUCAGAAAGUGCCUUCCCUACGAAAAAACCAACCGACAGGAAUGGUAAAUACGACGAAAAACAUCGGAUCGAGAAACGAAACAGUUCGGAAAGAAAUGAACGUCGUAGUAAUGAAUACUGUGAUCAAGAGAAAUAUCGUAGGUCUCGGACGAAAUCAAACGAGUUCAAGGAAAGACAUUCAAGAAGUCCUCGUGAUCGAGUUGAAAGUCUUUUCGAAGCUCAGACUUACUCAGAACGUAUUCGUAUUACCAAAAAGCAGCAUCGACGGAGUCAAGAAAGAUAUCCAAAAUCUCUGAUCAAAUGUGUGAUACGAAAAAGAAACACCUUUAACCCUAAAACCCGAUUAGAUGAUGCUUCAUCUUCAAGAAAUACUACUGAGCCACAAAAUUCAACCAUUUCCUAUAAAAGGAAGCAUCUUCGUGUUCGAACUGAGAAUACUUCGGGUUCAAUGAAUGGUUCAGAAGUUCAGAGUUAUUCAGAACAUAUUUCUAGAAAGGAACAUCAAAAUAAACAAGAAACGCGUGUAGAACAUCACGACAUUAAACCUGUAAUAAAAGAAAAUACUGCUAAUUCUAGCCCUCGUUUAGAUGGUGUUCCAGCCGCAACGAGUAGUUCUGACGUACAAAAUUCAGCCAUUCCACAUAAAAAGAGACAUCUUUAUGUUCGAGUUGAAAAUACUUCGGGUGUAAUCAAUGGUUCAGAAGUUCAGAGUUAUUCAGAACAUAUUGUUAAAAAGGAGCAUCAAGAUAAACAAGAAGCACGUGUGAAACAUCGCAUCAAAUCUGUAACAAAAGAAAAUACUGCUGAUUCUAGUCCUCGUCUAGAUUGUGUUCCAGCUGAAACGAGUGCUUCUGACCUACAAAAUUCGGACAAAUCUUCCAACGAUACGCAUAUUUGGGAUCGAAUUAGAAAUACUUCGAAGAUGAAGAACAAUACGCAUGGACCGAAUACGUCAAAUCCAGAUAAACGUCACCGAAUUGAGAAAACUUCGAGCGAGAAGAAAGACUUGAAUAAAGAGGAUAAUUCAAAUCCGUAUAAACGUCGUCGAAUUGAAAAUACUUCGAGUGGAAAGAAUGAUUCAAACGAGCAGGGUAAUUCAAAUCUGAAUAAAAAUCUUCCGGUUGAAAGUACGUCGAAUGUGAAGAAUGAUACGAAUAAACCGAAUAUCCCAAGUCUACGUGAAAACGAUCAAAUUGAGAUUACGUUGAAUGUGAAGAAUGAUACAAAUAAACCGAAUAUUCCAAAUCUGCAUGAAAAUGAUCGAACUGAAAUUAAGUCGAGUGUGAAGAAUGAUACAGAUAAACCGAUUACUUCAAGUCUACAUAAAAGUGAUCGAACUGAAAAUACUCCAAGUAUGAAGAAUGAUUCAAAUAAACCAAAUACUUCAUCAUCAUCGAAUCUCGAUAAAAAUGUUCAAAUUCAAAACUCGUCACAUCUAAAGAAUGAUACAAAUAUUUCUAAUCCGGCUAGAAAUGAUCGAAUUGAAAAUACAUCGAGUACAGAAAAUAAAAAUCAACCACGUAUUCCAAAUACAAAUAAAAUCGAACCCCAACAUAAUGAAGAAACAAAUCACAAAAGCAUCGAUAUUUCUAAUAAUCUCGCCGAAAAUGCGUUAAAAAAAUUCAUCCCCAAAACACCAGGUAAAACUUUAAUCGAUGAUAUACUCGAACAAAGAAAUUGCAAAGCAGCGUUUCUCAGCAUGAAGAAGCAGUCGUGGAAAUUAGUAUCUCCUAUGAAAGAAACGCCAGAUCUCUUGAAAGAAAAAUUCACGCACAUCGAAAACAAUAAAAUCGAUGCCAAGAUACCAAUGAUUAACGAACAGAGGAUGUUAUCGCCUUUUAAAAAUGUCGGUAUUGUCCAAAUUAUUUCCAGAUGUGCCGAUGAAGUAGAAUCAACUGAAGAAUCUAAAUUUGAAACCAUUGCCGCUUGUUCUGUAACCAUCAGUGAAGAUGUAGAACAUGGAGUGUUUGCUAGGAAAAGCAGAAAACGACCUAGGAUACAGAAAAUUGUCACUGGUGUUAAAAAAAUCGCUACUUGUUAACCCUUUUCUGUGUUGAUUAUAUAUUUGUAUCGAGUAUACAUACGUUGAUGGAUUUUAUUUCAUUGUUGUUCAUUUUAAAAAAUAGACAUCGUAUGUGAGAGCGUUUUUAUAAUGUAAUUAUAGUGUUUUUUGGAAUAAAUUUUGUAUUUUUAUCUA